UUGGGCGGGAGCUUGGGCGAGAGCAUCGGACGAAGGAAGAUUCCUACACAGGGAUGAAAGGGAUGAAGAAUAAUCCGUGAAGAAAGUGUGGAGGAUUUGUACGUUUAGUGAAUUAAAAUUAUGAUAUAAGGGUGUUAUAAGAUAUUUGAGGGGUGGUGAGUGCGCGGCCGCACCAUGGCCGCCGCGCUGGAAACGCUGCGCGACUGCUGCCGCACGGUGGCCGGGGAUCGCCUGCGCGACCGGCGCGAGAGUGCUGACCAGCUGCGUCAGCUCAUCGCCGACAACGCGACGCUCUGCGCCGAACUGGACGACGCCGGCCGGGACCGUGACCGACUCAACUGGACCUACGUCUGGGAGCAUGUCGUCAUCCACUUCCAGAAGGAGAUGGACAAAGCCGAGGAGGACGCCCGCCGUGGGAAGAACCUGACACAGCGCGAGCUGGUACCGCGGCAGGCGGUGUCGCUGCUGCGGGCCGUGGCACACCGCGCCAACCGCGGGCGGGCUCGUCUGGAGGCGACUCAGCUGGCCGGCACGCUGCUGGCCGCCCUGCGCCACCCGUUCCGGCGCGCAGCCGCCGGCCCAGAGCUGUGUGCGAUGCUGAGCGCCGCGCUGCUGGAGCCGGCGCUGGUGCGCGCUGAACUGUCGCUGGUCGGCUGGCGUGACCUGCUCUCCGGCGUCAUCUCGCUACUGGCCGAGCCGCCGCACCGGCUGCAGACACACACGCUGCGCUCGCUGCUGUCGCUGACUGCCGAGCUGGGCUGUCAGCAGACGGCGCUGCUGGCGCGGGUGCGCGGUCUACUGCCGCUGCUGGACGCUGACGGACUGCUGCGCGAUGCGCCGCCGAUCACACUGCGGCUGGUGAACGUGGUGCUGCGGCUGACGGCUGCCUCCGGACGGCGCGCCGUUUGCCGCGUCGGCGAGCGCCUGUUCACCUCCGUCUGCCAGCUGGCUGACGCGCGCCAUCAGUGCCAGGAGCAGGUGCUGGCCUUCCUGCGGCUGCAGGUGUGCGCCCGCGCGCCGCUCUGCCUGCGAAUGGCGCCCGCAGAGGAGACGUGGGCCCGCCAGCUGAGGAAGAUGUACCAGGUGGUGGUGGACGAGGUGGAGUCCCGCUGCCUCCGGAGCCGGAUGGUCGGCCGCGCCGCUCCGCUGACCACCCCGCUCUCUGACGACUGGGUGCGGCUCUUCGCCGACGUGGCGUAUCUGCUGUUUGAAAGGGACGAGGACACGGUGCUGGAUGUCACCCUGCUGCCCAGUCUGUCCACCGACGGCCGGCCGGCCAAAAGGCGGCGACUGGAAGUGGGCGUGCGGGCCGUGUGUGAGAGAAUCUACGAGACGCGCGCCUCGACCGAGUGCGUGCCGUGGCUGCAGCUGCUGACGGCGCUGAUUGGCGCCCACCCGGACGCGCUGAGCGCGGCGCAGCUGCCGCCCUGUCUCAGCCUGCUGGUCAGCCUGCUGGCCGCCGGCAGCCGCCUGCCUGAGGUGGUGUGUCACCAGCUGCGGCUGGCCGCGGCACUGCUCGACUGUGCGGCGGCGCAGCGCGUGCCGGACCGACAGGCGGACGACGUAACGGCCGCCUGGGCCAGGAUCUGGGAGCUGGCCGUGCAGGCCUCCUCUCUGGUGCAGCGCCAGGACGCCAGUCACGCGCUGCUGCAGGCUCUGCUGCGUCGGCGCGCGGCGCGGCCGGGCCGCUCCUUCCUGGCGCUAUACCUGCAGCGAGAGGCGGUGCCGGCGGCUGUGACGCCCCCGCUGGUCGUCACACUCCUGGAGUACCUGCGCCGGUUCGCUGUUCCGCAGCCGCCCGGCCCGGCCGCCGACCCCACGGAGACCCGCUGCCGACUGGCCCAGUGGCUGCUGGAAAGUGGCUGCGAGCCGCGAGCCUCGGCAGAGGCGCUCGUCCGACUCGCCCUUCGAGACAACGCGGCCGACCUCGGCAGUUUGGUGGAGUGGUGUAGCAAUGAAACUGCUGCUGGCACCGAUUGGUACACAGACCUGGGCGAGCUCUAUGUGUGCAGUGAGCUGGAGGAGCCUCUACGUGUCGCUGAUUCGCCACCGACGCCGCCGGCAAUGCCGCCAACAGACGUGGGCGAGGCGAGUGUGGCGCCGCUGAAGACUAAGAUUUUGUCAGAGCUGAAUGCGCUUGUGACGGCUGCAGAGAGGCGAAACGACGACCCCUCGGCCGGCGAUGCCGCGGUGUCUCGCUGGUGUCGUGCUGCGUGCGACACGGCGGUGCUGGCGGCCAGUACUCUGCGAUUCGCCGGCGACUGUGGCCUUUUGUCGGCUGACGAGCUGCGCCACUCGCCGCUGGUGGCUAGUCUGCGUUCGCUGGUGACUACCCUGCUCCGGACGGCAGCAGGGGAGCUGUCUGCGCCUCCCACUGUCGACUUAAAUGCCCACCUGACUCUGCUGUCCCUACUGACCGGACUACGCGAGCUGUUUGAAACGGCUGAGGCGCCGCCAGUCGGGUCCCCUCACCAAGCCGCCGCCGGGCGCCGCGCGCUGGGUAGUCUUCUGAGGUCUGCCACGCCGCGAGUGUUCACUCAAGAGGCGCUGCGGCUGCUCAGAGACGAGGCCUCCCGAUUGUUGCCGCAGUCGAGGCGCGCCAGCCAUUCAGAUCCUCUUUCCGACUCGUCGGGGGAGAGUCCACUGGAUUCGGAGUUUUCUGAAGCCGAGUGCAGCAGCGCACAGGAGCCGGGCCGUGACAGUGUGCUGGAUAUUGCACUACAUGAGCUAGAGGAAGUGCGCCUUGAAGCUUGCCGCCUGCUGGUCUCUUUCGCAGAUGUCGACGCCGGAGAAGACGUUAUCGCCGGAUCGGAGGCACCAGAAGAGCUUCUGUCUGACGUCUUCAUGGCGUUGUUGGAGAAUCGGUUGGAUGUGCGUCACCCGGGUGAUAUGCGCAUAGCGCUGGAUCUCCUGCGUAAGCUGCCGUCGUCCUCUGCGCUGUGCACAACUCACGUGGUCUCGCUCAGCGAGCUGCUGCAGGCGGUUUGCCGCGCCUGGCCCCGCGAUGUGGCUGUUAAUCUAGCCGUGCUGGACACGAUGGCCGGCGGGUACGUGCAGGCAGUGGCACGGCGCGGCUGUGACAAGGACCGCGCCGACGCCAUGAAGUUCGUCACGGUGAUGGUGAGGAAGGCGGAGACAGCGCGGUUCGGCGAGCGCUGCCUGCUGUCGCUGCUGCGGCUGCUGGCCGCGCUGGCUGAACAGGACCCGUGCGGCCGCUGGGCAGUGGUGGACGGACGCUGGGCGGCGCGGCCACUGCUCACUCACCUCAGCGCGCCUGCAGAGCCCAACGAGCGCGGCGCCGGCGCCUGGAGCACCCACCGCUCGCGGCUGCUGGCCACCCGGCUCCUGGAGUCGGUGUUUGCCGCCCGCGAGCGACAGCCCGCUGUCGAGGGCGCCGCGCCCUCCGUUCAGGAGAUGUUUGAGCUCAUCUAUCCGUCUGUCAUCGAGAGCAUGGCGCAGACUGCCGAGCAGGCGGCCGAGUGGACAAGACCGGACGACGCGCCGAACCGUGCCGCCACCCUGUGCCUGGCGCUGUGUCGUGUGGCGCUGGGCAGCAGCCAGUGCCGACCACAGGCGCUGUUGGCACUCUGUCAAGCCUCCCGGCUGCGUGACGUGUCACCGGAGCUGGUACUGCGCGCGCUGCGCCACCUGGCGACCGCGCUCGGUCUGGCCAGUCCACGACGUCUACUGGAGGCUCAUCUGGACUUCAUCGUGUCCCAGUGGCUGGCCGAGCGACUCACUGUUCUCGAGUUCCCGCACCAGCUCCUCGAGUUCGCCUCAGCCAAGGAGUUUGUUCGUGAAGAGCUGGGCUGUGUGGUGCCCCAUCUGCUAGGGCGUCACCAGGACCAGUUGGCCGCCGUCGCUCAGUUGUUGGAGCAGCAGCCAGCCGAGCUGGUGCUCUCCUGUGUCCCGCAGAUCGUGGCACAGGUGGUGCCCGGUCUGGCAGGCAGUGACGGCGCGGCGCUGACCACCGCGCAGCGACUGUACAGCCGGGCGCGCCAGCUGGUCGGCGGCUCGGAGACGUUCGACCGCGCGCUGGCCGCCCAGACAGUGGAGGUGCUGGCGGCGCUGUUCCGCGCCCACGGGGCGAAACCCGAGUGUAUCGUGCCGGCUCUGCAGUUCGCUGCUGACAAGAUGUACGGCAGUAGUCUGGUGGUGAGCCUGCGUAGGCCGGCAGAGGACGGCCUUCAGCGUCUGCUGCUGCUCCUGGCUACAGAUGUGUCCGCUGCUGCCGGCAGCGCCGACCGCUUGGCGGCCACGCGGCGCUACUGCGCACUGCUGGACCUGCUGGCCGACGACUUCGCCCAUCUGGAGGAGCUGCGGCCGUUUGUGAUGCUGGACGUGCCGUCGUUUGUGUCACACCAGCUGGCCGCGCUGCGUCUGCCGGCUGAGGCGGCCGCCGCCGAACGGUGGGCGACCGCGCUGGGUCGGCUGGCACGCGCCUGUGCCGAGCAGGCGCCGGACGCCCUGGCGCCGGCACUGGAGCUGCUCUGUUCCGCGCUAGUCGGUCUUCACGAGGCCUGCGCGGGCGACGAGUGUGCUCCGGCUCGUGACUCGGCCGCCGGCACACUAAGGCUUCUGCUCGGGCCGCUGUCGGACGGGUACCGCGCGGCGGCCGAGGCGCUGACCUGCCUACCGGUCGACGGGCCGCUGGGAGGUUUGACGCUGGCGCCCGCCGGCGGCGUACUGAGGACACUCUCUGUCGGCGGUGCGCUGAACGUUCACGCGCUGCGCGCGGCGCUGGAGCAGGUGGAGACGCCCGGCAGCGCGGCCGCCGCCGACUGUUCGGACGCCCUGCUGGCCCGCCUGCUGCGACUGGCGGCCGGAGAGGGCGGGGAGCUGCGCCGCGCCGCCGCCCGCCUGCUCGGCGCCGUCGGGCCGCGCCGACUGGAGGGCGCCACGCUGCGUGUGUCGCCGCCGGCGUGGCAGCGCACCGACGCUGUCGGCGAGGAGGAGCUGCGGGACGUCCACCUGCUGGAGAGACUGCACCAGCUACUGACCGACCGGGACGUGAGCGUGGUGAGCGCUGCCGGCACCGCGCUCCGGGCCGUGCUGGCCUCGCCCGCAGCCACCCGCUGGCAGGAACUGCUAGCUGUCGAGCGGCCCAGCUUCGCCAGCGAGCUCCUCCCGUUCUACAUGACGCGCCAGCCACUGACGCCCGAGAGACUGCUGACUGCGAGCGAGGCACUGCGCCGACUGGACUCUGCGACUCUCUGGGUGCCCGAGCACGGCCAGUACGAACUCUGGCUGACGGACGUGACCCUGGCACUUCUGGAGGCAGGCGCUCGCUCCACCCCCUCUCUGACCGCCCUCGCACCACUCUGCUCGGUGAAGGGCGCCGAGUUUUGUCGCGAUGUGCUGCCCCACGCGACCUACGCGGCUCUGCUGUCGGACACACACGUGCGGGGCGUGCUGAGCCGCUGGUUCAACCGGCUGCUGCAGGAGCACCGGAGCAUGCAGCGGCGGGAGAGCAGCGCUGUGGCGUCCACACCGACGCCCAGCGCUGCGGCCGGCCGGGCGCCUCUGGCCGCUCAGCCCCUCUGUCUUCAGGCGCUGCUGGAUGUGGUGAUGUACCUACGCCGGCAACCGCUGCCGGCCGGCGGCCGGGGCGACUCGCCCUGGGAGCGUAACUUCUGGCUGCAGCUGCAACUGCCGGCGGCGGCGGGUGCGGCCCUCCGCUGUGGCCGCUACUGCGAGGCUCUCCUGCUGGCCGAGGUUUGCUGCUACGCACAGCACCAGGAUGACGCGCCGCUGCUCGCCCGGUCUGCCGACGGUGACGAGCUGCGCUCGCUGCUCUGCGAGGCGCACGUGCAGCUGGGAGACGCGGACGGCGUGGCUGCGCUGCGCACCGGCGGAGGCGACUCGCUCACUCAGGCCGUCUAUCUGGAGCAGGAAGGUGAGUGGCUGCGAGCGCUCACCGCCUACGACGUGCUGGCGACCGAGCGAACGACGGUAGCGCAGCGUGGCCUGCUGCGCUGUCUGGCCGAGCUGCAGCUGCUGGGCAGCUCACAGACGCUGCUGCGCGGCCUGACUGCCGAGCUUGGAGCGACGGACGCGGUGCCGUCCUACCUGCUGGAGGCGAGCUGCGAGGCGGCCUGGCGGCUGGCGGACUGGUCGGCGCCCUGCCCGCCGCCGACCGCCGCCGCCACUCCGGGCCUCCAACAGGCUCUCUUCUCCUGCCUGUCUGCCUUCCGGGACGGUGACGUGGCGGCUGCCGCGGAGGCUGUGGAGCGGGGCCGCACCGCGGCUCUCGCAGUCCUCGCCGGGUCGGCGACGCCCAGCACUCACGUGGCCGGCCUGUGUCUGAGCCGGCUGCGGCUACUCUGGCGCGCCGACCAGCUAUGUCAGGUGGCCGGCGGCUCUCCGGCCGAACUGAGCGCACUCUGCGACCGCUGGCGACACGCGCCGGCGCCGCGGCUGCCCUUCCGACUGGAGGAGCCGCAGCUGUCGUUCUCGGCGUCUCUGCUGGCGGUGCUGGCCGAGCGGCAGCCGACGCUGCAGGACGCCCUACUGCUGCGCCAGGAGACACUGCUGCGUCUCAGCGAGGGGGCGCGCGCCGCCGGCCGGCUGGCGGCUGCCGAGCGGGCCGCCGCCGCGCUGCCGGCCGACAGCGUGCCGUCCAUCCGCUGCCGCGCAGAGAACAGCUGGGCACGCAGCGACGCCGAGUCGGCGCUGUGGCUGUGCCGCGGCCUGCUGGACGAGGGGACCAGGGAGCAGCAGCCGGCCGGCCGCCGCCUCCAGCUGGCCCAGCUGAAGGUGCUGUAUGCCGGCUGGCUGUCGGAGGUGCACCGUGAGGGACCGCAGGAGAUCCUGGAGCAGCACCUGGAGCCGGCCAUCGUCCAACUGGAGCAGAUGACAGACGGCCCGGACUCGGAGCGUGCCCUGCUCGAGGCCCACUACCUGGCCGGCCAGUACGCCGACGCACAAUUCCAGCGAGUCGACGAAUGGGUCACUUCUGCCGACUUCGCCGCUAAGCGCGCCGAGGCGAUCCGCAUGCGACAGGAGGCCGACCAGUUCCGAAAGCGGGCGGCCGCCGCCAAAACCGACACGGACACCAAGGACUUCCACCGGCAGCACUUUAACCUGACGCGCUCGGCGGAGCUGGACGAGGCGGAGCUGCGCCAAGCGGAGGACGACCGGACCGCCUUCCAGCGCCGCGCAGUGGCCAGCUAUCUGCGCUGCCUGCAGCUGGGCCGUCACCGCGACCUGCUCGUGUACCGGCUGGUGGCGCUGUGGCUGGCGGACACGUCCGGCCAGGUGUGCGAGCUGCUGCGGCCGGCCGCGCCGCGGCUGCCCGCCUUCAAGCUGGUGCCGCUGCUGUAUCAGCUGGCGGCGCGCCUGGGCCGGCCCGGCUGGCUGCCGGAGUCCGCCCAACUGCUGGAGGAGCUGCUGGAACGCUGCGCCGCCGAGCACCCCCACCACACGCUCCCCGUGCUGCUGGCGCUCAAGAACGCGCACGCGGACGCGGCCGGUGGCGCUGCCCCAGCGACUGAUGCAGGCGGGGAGGCGCGGACGGCGGCCGCUACCCGGCUGGUGAAGCGGCUGGCCAAUAAACCAGCGCUGGCCGAGCCUGUGCGGCAGCUGGAGGCGGCCAGCGCGGCGCUGGUCGAGUUGGCCUACCAUACCCACGUCGGCACGGCCAGCUCUGGCCGCGUGCCGUCCGGGUGUCGGCUGCUGAAGCUGGGUGAGCUGUCGGCCGUGGCCGUGCAGACGGUCCCCCUGCCGGUGCGCGCCGACGCAGACUACACGGCCGUGCCCACCGUCAUCAAAUGGGACAACAAGUAUGACAUGGUCGGUGGCGUCAACGCUCCCAAGAAGCUGCGCUGCCUGGGAAGUGACGGCCGGUGGCGGCCGCAGCUGCUCAAGGGUCGUGACGACCUACGGCAGGAUGCCGUGAUGCAGCAGGUGUUCUCUGUGCUGAACUUGCUUCUUGCGGAGAGCGCCGCGCCAGACCAACCGCCGCUCACCAUUCGCACCUACAAGGUGGUGCCACUGUCGCAGCGCUCGGGCCUCAUCGAGUGGUGCGUGGACACUCAGCCGCUGGCGGACUACUUGGCCGACAAGCGCGGCGGCGCCCACGUGCGCUACCGACCCGACGACAUGACGCCCGCCGAGGCCCGACGCGCCAUGCAGACUGUCGCCAAGAAGUCGGCAGACCAGAAACGGCGCGCGUUUGCCGAGGUGUGCCGUCGUCUGAAGCCGGUGAUGCGGCACUUCUUCUUUGAGCGGUUCCCAGAACCGUGCGCUUGGUACGAGCGACGUGUCGCCUAUACCAACAGUGUGGCCGCCUCCUCGAUCUCCGGCUACGUCCUCGGCCUGGGGGAUCGCCACGUGAGCAACAUUCUCAUCGACAAGGCUUCGGCAGAGGUGGUCCACAUCGACCUCGGCGUGGCGUUCGAGACGGGUCGCCUCCUGCCGACCCCCGAGACGGUGCCGUUCCGUCUGACGCGCGAUAUCGUCGACGGUAUGGGCGUGGCCGGCGUGGAGGGUCGCUUCCGACGCUCCUGCGAGCGCACGCUCUCCGUGCUUCGCGAAAGCGUCCAGGUGGUGCUGACGAUCGUGCGCGUGCUGCUCGAUGACCCGCUAUACGCGUGGACGCUGACGCCGGACAAGGUGAACCGUCUGCAGCAGCGGGACGCCCACAGGUCAGCCGUGGCCGCUGGGGACAACCGGCAGGCGGAGCGGGCGCUGGCCCGGCUCGCCGAGAAGCUGCGGGGACAGGAGGCGGGUCAGGUGAUGACCUGUGCCGCUCAGGUGAGCCACCUGAUACAGCAGGCGCGCGACCCGGAGAACUUGUGCCGACUGUUCAACGGCUGGCAGGCGUAUCUGUGAGGAUGUGAGAGCGAGCCGGGCCGAAACAGCCAGGGCUGUUUCAGCUGCUGCAAUACGGAUGUGUUGCUUUUUGUAGCGAGCCAGCCGAAACGACGAAGGCUCUUUCAGGUGCUGUGAUACAGAUCGGUUACUUUUGUACUUGUGCAAUGUAGCGGCAUUCCAGAAUAGACGUCAUUGGCUAUAUUUGUGCUGUACCCCUAUCUCUUUUAUAUGCGUCCACCAUGAGGAGGGGGCACCAGGGAAGUGGAGAAGUCUGGGGGAUGUCUGCCGUAUUGUUUCCGUGUAAACUACGAAUCUCAAUACCUGUCAUUUCCAACACCAUAUUGGUCGAUGCAAACUGAGGUGCGAUAACUAUCACGGAUCAAUUUGGGUAUGACAAGGUCGUUUAACUCGGUAAAGUAAGUCACCUUUAGAUGGCAGCAUCGUAGGGCGAAGUUUAAAGCUCAGUUGGACAUCAUAUCUAUGGGGUCACAUAUUCGAAGCAAUUCAGGGUAUCAGUGAAAACAUUGUCAAGGGCUGAUGUGAAAUGGUAUUGACAAUGAUGCGCUGUCCGUUGCGGUCUCAGGCCGUCGUUAUAUCCACCGAUAAUAUGCAAUGAAGGGUGAGCUCAUCGCACGAGUCCGAACAAAGCUUUAGUUAGGGUUGAUGCGGCCUUGGGUUGAAGUGUUGGAAAGUUUCUACUUUCUAGCUCAGCCGGACCUCAGUCACCGCGUGCCCUCUGAGCCCCCGGUGCGCUAUCGGGGCGGUCCGAGCGGCGCGCGGUCACCUGACGGCUGAUACGGUGCGGCGACCAGUGGGUGUCAGUGCGCCCGCCGCCGCCGCCCCGCCAUGUUGCUCCGUCCGCUGCUGCUCCUCUGCGCCGCCCUGGCGGUGGCCGGCGCCGCCAACCCGCGGCAGCUGGACGCCGUCAGACACUUCCUGGAGGAACGCCACCUGCCGGCCGGCUCCGCACCGUCGCCCCGAGUUGUGCGCGUCUUCACCGAGCCGAAACAGCCGGAGCAGCCGGCCCCGCAGGCGCCGACACCGACGCCGUCGCCGUGGUUCGACUGCCCGACCACCUUUGGCCUGUACCCGGACCCGUACGACUGUAACAAGUACUUCCAGUGCAGCUACGGAGUGGCCUUCGAGGAACAGUGCCAGCCGGGACUCGAGUUCAACCCGAGGUCCAACUCGUGCGACUUCCCGAGUAACAUCAACCCGCCGUGCCAGGCGAUCCCGUACCCGACGGACGAGGCUCCGGCGGCGCGGCCGGAGGAGGCCGCCCACUCCGCCGCCCAGCGGCCCAGCGUGCACGUGCAGGCCGCGCCGGAGGUGCACAUCAACGUGCCGAAGGUGCCGCAGGUCCACGUCCAGAAGCCGGCCCUGCAGCAGCCGCACGUCCAGGCGCAGCAGCCGCACGUUGAGCUGCCACAAGUCCAUGUCGAAAAGCAGGAGGUUCCACAGGUGCACGUCCAGAAGUCGGCGCUGCCGCGUCUGCUUCACUAGGCUGCGGCUGUAGCUUCGUCGGACACUGUUCGACUAGAUCGGGCAACUCCAGGCCUGGGAGGAGCAAGGCCGCUGACACGGUACUGCCUUGCAAGAUGUGUGAGUGGUAAUGGAAAAUAAAGUAAUGCAGUGCCUCUGAACUGA